CCAUAGAUGUUUACUGACCGCUGUAUGGACCAAUUAGCGGACGGGAUAUGUGAAGGUGACCAAUGAAAACGUAGCAAAUGAGAGCUGAAGUUAGAUAGAGAGCGCGAGGAGCCUUAACGGGUCCCAAACCGAGACGGCAGUGAAAAAUACUAAUGACCCAGCAUGAGGAGCCAGACAUUCCAAUAACAUGGACAAGUACGAAAAGGAGAAGAAAAUUGGGGAAGGUUCCUUUGGAAAGGCCAUCCUUGUCAAAUCAAAAGAGGAUGGACACCAAUAUGUCAUCAAGGAGAUUGGCAUAUCUGGAAUGCCCAGCAAAGAGAGGCAGGAGUCCCGAAAAGAAGUGGCCGUUCUUGCCAAAAUGAGUCACCCCAACAUUGUCCAGUAUAAGGAGUCUUUUGAAGAGGGGGGCUGCUUGUAUAUUGUGAUGGACUACUGCGAGGGCGGAGACCUCUUCAGGAAGAUCAACUCUCAGAAAGGAGUACUGUUCAAAGAAGAGCAAAUCCUGGAUUGGUUUGUGCAGAUUUGCUUGGCACUGAAGCAUGUACACGAUCGAAAAAUCCUCCACAGGGACAUCAAAUCGCAGAAUAUAUUUUUAACAAAAGAUGGCACCGUACAACUUGGGGACUUUGGAAUAGCCAGGGUGCUGAACAGCACUGUAGAACUGGCAAGGACGUGUAUAGGAACACCAUAUUACCUGUCACCAGAGAUCUGCGAAAAUAAACCAUACAACAACAAAAGUGAUAUUUGGGCCCUAGGCUGUGUCCUGUAUGAAAUGUGCACUCUUAAGCAUGCAUUUGAGGCUGGCAACAUGAAAAACCUAGUCGUGAAGAUCAUCCGUGGCUCAUAUCCACCCGUGUCUGUUCACUACUCCCAAGAACUCCGCUUUCUCUUGGCACUACUGUUUAAACGCAACCCGCGAGAAAGGCCCUCGGUCAACGGCAUUCUCGACAAACCUUUCCUGUCCUCAAGGAUAGAGAAGUUCCUCACACCACAGCUCAUUGCUCAGGAAUUUCGCCAUACUUUUCUACACAAGCAGCCUAAAGCGAGUGUGUUGCAGGGACAACCAGCCAAGCGUCCUGCCCCUGGCUCCAUACCACUCGCUCCAGCCCAGAAGAUCACCAAACCAGCCACCAAAUACGGAGUGCCUUUAAGUGCGAGGAAGGCGUCGGAUGCAGCCAAAAAGCCUGCAGAGAGGAAACCAGCUGUAAAACAUAAACCGGCCCCUCUCCCAGCAGCCUCCCAAAGAAGAGAGGACAAGGAAGAGAGGAAAAAACAAGAGGAUGGCAUCAGAAAGAAAAGGAUGGAGUUGAUUGAGAAAGAAAGGAAACAGAGAGAGCAGAUGUUCCUGUAUAAAGCGGAGCAAAUGAAGAGAUAUGAAAAGGAAAAGAUCAAUCGUAUAAACCAAGCCAGAGAACAGGGCUGGAAGCAUGUCUUGAGUUCUAGUGGAGGAAGCAGCCCAGAGAGGAAGUGUUUUGUAGGGGGUGGAAACAGGGCUACAGGUGGUGUCGCUCCCGUCCCAGGCCCUGUCUCGGGCAAAAGCCCUUAUGAACACUACCACGCUGCUCUGGAUCAAGCGGCUAAACCGCGGCCUAAAGAUGUCAGCAGGGAGGGAUCCUCGCCAGGACCGGGCAGUCCCCUUUGUGUACCAGCUGCUGCUGGACCAGUGCUGCCCCAUGGCGCUGCCCAUCUCAUAAACCACGAUGGGAUCAAGAGAGAACUUCAGAGGUUGCAGUUUGUUUCUGUACAAGCUCGAAUCAGUAGACAGCGUGGUCAGAUGGCUGCUGACCGGGCUGAGCAGGUCGAGGAGUUUUUACAGCGCAAGAGAGAAGCUAUGCUCAACAAAGUCCGUGCUGAGGGACAACUGGGUGCCCGGCAAAACCUGUCUGCAAUCUUUGGAAGCCGGGCUGGUUCGGUUCAGUGCAGGAGACCCAGAGCCAACAAAGAGGAGGAGGACUACCUGAAAAAACUGAGGCAGAUCCGCCUGCUGAACUUCAAUGAGCGUCAGCAGAUCAAAGCCCGACUCCGAGGAGAGAAGUACGACAGCGAUGGUUCAGACAGCCAAGAUUCCACUGAGGAGGCAGAGCUGCGGAGAAAGAAGAUAGAGACUUUAAAAGCCCAAGCAAAUGCCCGUGCUGCAGUACUGAAGGAGCAACUCGAGAAGAAGAGGAGGGAGGCGUAUGACAGAGAAAAGAGAGCUUGGGAGGACCAUCUUGCAGCUCGGGGGAUGAAGGUUGGCAUGGCAGCAGGAGAUGCAGCGGCUGCAGCAGUAGCAGGUUCAACUACCUCUGACAGUCGUCUUCCACAGUCCAAUCCUUCUCAGCCAGAACCAGCUGCCAAAGCUCCAGCCCUGCCUACACCCAAACCCUCCACCCCUGCUAUAUCCAUGACUGCUGCCCUUAAGAACGUUGGAGCACUUACUCCACUAAAAGAGAACUUGCCUGGGACGGAGACUGCUACAGUCAUGCAGAGCGAUAAAAAGCAGAUACUACGCAGACUAAACCAGAACCUAAAAGCCCAGAGUCCAGUGGAGGAGGCAGCGGAGUUGCCUCCGGCCCCUGCAGAACCAAGUCCUGCCCCCCUACAGAAGCAGUCAGACACGGAGAAUCGCCCCUCGUCGAACGGAGACCGAAAGAAGUGGGAUGCAGCAGAACUGCCUAUACUUCCAGUGGCUCAGCAAACCCUCGGGGAAACCUGUGCCACGAUGAUAACCACCUCGGCGUCUCCAGAAGAAAGGCCAUGCUCCGGUGGAGACAGGAAGAAGUGGGAGGCAGGAGUUCCAUUUGUCCUCUCUGUAGCCCAACAAACUCUAGAGGAGACGUGCAUCACGACCAUUGAGCAAACAGCGGGUGAAGUCAUACAGAUGGGUUUGCUGCAUGAUGAUAUUCAGAGGAAGGUGUGGCGAGCGAGUACAGACUCUCAGGUGCUCCGAGUCCUUCAGGAGGCGGAGCUUCAGCCUCUCACCCAGCAACUGGAGAACGUCUCCAUCUGUGACGAGUAUCUCAGCCCUGAUAAGUCUAACCAGGCGGCAGUACCUGAGAUGGAGCGGACACCUAAAGAAGUUCUGACCUCUCAGCCAACGCCAUCUGCUGAGUUUCAGAAGAAGAGUUCAGCUCCAACAGAGGCUGCGCGUCAGGAAAUGUCUGUGGCAGGUAUCGUCCAAAGAGUGACACUGCCACACAACCUUACUGAGACUGAAGAUCUAGCAGACAUUGAGUCAGUGGUUCUGGAAGAGACGCCUACACAUGUCUCACAUCGCCCCGCCGGUGUGCAGCAGGCAUGGGAGCAGGAAGCCCAGCAGCCAUUGCCACCAGAGGGCAUUAAAAGACCAACAGGCGCCAAGGAGGAUGAGAAGGCUGCAGAGAAACCAAUAGAAUCGUCAGCUUUACCACAGUGCGAGGAGCCUCUGUUUAUGAAGUUGUGCUCCCCGGCCCACCGGCGCACUGCUGCCCUCGCGGUGCUCUCAGCCCAGUCCUCUAUGGAUGAGUCAUCGUCCUCUCUGGCCUCUCGCUCACGCUCCGUCUCACCUCUGCGCUCCAAACAUCCCAACUCCCUCCUCAUUGGUCUCUCUACGGGCAUGUUUGACGCAAACAAUCCAAAGAUGCUGCGGACCUGCUCUCUACCAGACCUCAGUCGUCUCUUCAGGGCUCAGCAGGACUCUGCAGUGGUUUGUGGCGCUAACGUUGCCCCAGACAACAACCUGGUAAUCGAGGACCUGGAUGAGGCAGCUAAAGAUGACGACCAGUCGGAGACUGAAGAUGCAUAUGAGGAUGAAGACCUGCGGGACAUCAGGGCCUCGAUGGAGAGACUGCUGCAAGAGGACAGCGACUUAAUGAGGAACCCCCCAGAGGUUGGAGCAGGAGACUUUAAUGGAAACCCCUUGGAGAGCCAAGACAAAGAGUUUUUUAACAGGAUAGCUGCUGAAAUCGAUCAGGACAACAAUCAGAUGGCUGUAGAUGAUGAUGAUGAUGAUGACGACGAUGAUGAUGAGGACGAAGAGGAGGAUGAGGAGGAAGAAGGCGAGGAGGAGGAUGAGGAAUGCUCCAAUGGGAGUCCUGGCGAUGAGGAGGCCGGGGAGUUGCUUACCAAUGGCGUGGGAGAAGAGAACCACAGCAAUAACAGCCAGCUCAAUGAAGAGUGGCAGUCAGAUGGCAGUGGAGAGGACCAGGGCGGAGACGCUGAGCACCACGACAGCAUCUUCAGUCGGCUGGAAGAGCUUCGCUUCAACCUGGAGCAGCAGAUGAGCGUUGAGAAGUUCAUUGAGGCCUACAACAAGAUUAAGGCCAUUCAUGAAGAUGAAGACGAGAAUAUUGACCUGGGCUCUAGUUUGGUCCUAAGCAUUUUGGGAACGGAGCACCAGCAUCUGUAUCCCAACAUCCUGCAUCUCGUGAUGGCUGACGGCGCAUACCAAGAAGAUAAUGAUGAAUAAUAUUUUCUGUAAUGGAGCUGUUGGCAGCCGAGCCGGCAGCGAUGACAAUCUGCUCGCUAUCUGAUGUCUUCCCAUGACGCACAUCAUUGGCAGAAGGAUCUAUGCAUGAAGUGUUGCAGCUGUGCACCCAGCGGUGUCUCAGGCACACUUGCAUGACGAAUAACUGGUAAACUCAAGGAUUUAUGUCAUACUUUGACUAUCAGCACCUCUUUUCACACCAGUUUUCCUUGAAAAGUGCAUCUUCAAAUACCAUGUUGUGUUGUUGUUAUUAACCAAAGUUCAAGGCUCUGUCAAGUGUUUAUUAAAGUAUGUCCGUAAACGAAUGACACAAACUAUUAUGUCACAGCUUGUUGUUGGCUUAGUAAGACUCCUCAGUGGCAUUUUAUUUUGGCGGGCAAAGAUCUGGUCCUCUCAGGUGCUCUCUCUUUCUAGUUGUCAAAGACUCGACCAUAGUCUUUGGUCACCCUCAAAAACCAAUGUACAGUGAUUUACUCAGAACCAGUCCAACCUCCUUUUCUUAAAACUAUUUUCACCAAACAAGAUAUUGAAUGUUAUAUGAGACAUUUUCCACAUUUUCUUACUUUUAAAGUUUACCCAAAUUCAUUAUUGUAAUUAUACGACUACUGUGAGGUUGUUUAUGUUGCCAAGGCACUGUAGCAAGACUGUGGCACUGAAGUGCUGGAUGUGAUGUAGUGAGGUAGGUCAGGUGUAUGUUCAGUGCAGAGCAUUGCACUGAUGGUGUAAGCAAUGGAGCAGAUAUUAACAAUAAUUCCUAAAUGAAUAUAAAUCAAAUAUUGUAAAUAUUUUUUUGAUGUAAUAAAAUCCUUUUUUUGUGAGAAA